UUUCCUUCCUUUCUUUUACAGGCACAUGUUAAAUUGACCAUCCUAAUGUUUAUAUACCAACAUCACGAAAACCGUGUCAUGUGAGGAAAUGGCAUUCGUCAUCGGUGUUUAUUCUUAUACCCGUGUGAUCGAUCGCCAGGACUUAUGACAGUCUACGCUUGACACCUCUACUUCUACCUAACAGCUGGUGGUGCAUCAUGGAUCACGAUGAGGCUAUGCAGAUAGAGGAAGAUGCCGAUUGCUCCCAUGAUUCUGGGUGCAUGCUAGAAGAGUCUGUCGGAGCCCCACCAUUUUUCGCCGUGCAAAUAUCACGGGAGGAGUUUCAGAGACAAGCAAAGGAGCAUACAAAAGAAGCUUUGCAGCGGCUAGUUGGUUCCCUGGAGUUUAAACAGAUGCAGGAAACAUGUAAAACGUGCAAUGUUUGCUGGUCACUUGAACACAUUUCUCUCGAAUGUGCGGAGUGUGGCGGAUUUGCAAUACAGCGACCAUGCCCAAUAUGCAGUGGAAGGUGUGGCCAACUUUGGACGAGGGACAUAGACAUGUCGCACGCGAUGCGCACGGCUCACUGGCAGGGAGAUUGUGGUCUUCCAAAGGAACAGCAGCAAGUCUACCUCUAUCGUGCCAUGAUGGAUGACAGUGAAACUGCUAUAAGUGAAGCACUGAAAGAGCUGAACACAGAAAACUGUGAUCGAUAGAACCCCGGGCCAGGAGAUGACACCAAAAGUGGAUUAAUACUUAUUUGGUAGCGACAAUAAUACCUAUAGCAGAGAAUAAUACUUAUAGGUGUUAUCGUCUGUUGGGGACAUUUACGUGCUAGUUUUCUAUGGGUCCUAAAAAACCUGGAAAAUCCUUGAGUUGUAAAAUAUAGUUUUCCAGUUCAGAAAAGUCAUGGAGAAUGAGAAUUUGUCUAUCUUGUCUGUAAGCUAAUCACAUUUGCAUCAUCAUAGAAAAAUGUUCACUAUAUACUGGUUUGAUGACACGGAGCACAAAUAUUGUAUUCGGUUAUAAUCUUGCAGUAAUGGAAAAUAGACUCGUUAUGUCAUAGAAAGCUUUUUGGAAGAUGUGUUUGAAUCCUGAUGUUUGGAAUCAGGUCCAGUCUGUUCAACUGCUUCUAAAAUUAGAAGGACGUUGCAUCUGGCGGGACUGCUACUCGUUUCUGUACAGUGUUAUUUAAUUAUUGUUGCUCGUUUAGCUUAGGAAACGUCGUAAUAAGAAGGAACUGGUCGUGAAUUGUUAUAAUUGAGAUGGUAAAUGCUCAUUCUUGCUUAUCCCUAAGCGUGUAAAUGCUGUGUUGGUUUACAAAACGAUGACAUCUCUAUUCGUAGAAGGCAGGUUCAACUUAAAUUAAAGGGCAUCAAACUAAUUAAACUUAAUAGAAAACAAAACGAAAGAAAACUUAAUAGUCUCAAACUAAUUGAAGUUUCUUUUUCAGAUCAUCUAUCGCUCUUAAAUGAAAAGCGCUCUCGUAAACGUUUCGCAUAGUUUUACAUGUGUGUUCUGGCUUUAGGCAGUUCUUGGCAAUCCUACUGAUACGGUGUAACCUUUAUAAGGAUCACUCAAAAAAGGCCAAAGUGUCGUUUAAGACAGGGGUCGGUUCUGUAGAUGUCACGGUAUAACUGCCACCUUGAGAAAAUGUCAGAAGCGUCGUUUAUAGACAAGCAUGCGUUCUAUUGAGCACUGCUAACACAGGGGUUUAACUGUAAUAAGUAACGGCUAUCAUGUUAGUGGCCAUGCAUAUAUAUAUAUAUAUAUAUAUAUAUGCAUUCCUCAAUUUGAUCUGUUGAAGUUUGAUCUGUUGACAAGUUGUAAACUGUGUUGAUAGAAUGACGUAACUGUUUGAUGAUGGUAUUCUGCUCUGGAACUCAGCUAGGCAGUGUGGGAAAGAAUCCAGGAACGUGUUAUUGGUAUGCUGAUGUGAAAUAAGGCAAUCUAGCAGUGUUUAAACGAAUGUGUGACAAAUGUAAAUACAUAUUUUUGCAAGAGUACAUUAUUACGUAUGUGAAAUGUACAUAUACUGACGGUUAAGAUACAGCUGUACAUAAACAAAUCGUUUCCGUACUUACCUUCUGACUUUUCCAUUUUUUAUUAUGUUUCGUGUUGCACUAAAAAACAUAUACCCACCCUGUUUGGUUUCCAAUUCUUUGAUGGCAAAUGAGUUUAGAAAAUGAACACAUGAUAUUCUCACUUCAGUCUAACGCAUUGUACACACUAGUAUCACGGGCUAACUUUCUUAUACUUUACUCAUGUGCUAAACUUGCUUUCUUUACCAAUGUAUUAACAAAUAUAUCUUGUUUAUGUUUUAA